AUGUUCGUUAUAGAUGAAGCUAAGUCAGGAAAGCGACGACUGUCCUCGCAAGUCCUCGAUGAUGUUCAGCAGGAGCAAGCAACGAAGAAACACAAACCAUCUUUGAAGACUCGUUCCGAACCUCAACAUCGUCCUCCCAGCUUCUGGGACACUCUAUCCAAAGUUUACCUGAGCUUCAGUGCCCUAAAAGAGUUUGACAGCAGAACAAUUCAAGAGACCAGCCAGCAGUAUUGCACGUUCAAGCCCGCCGCGGAACAUCCACAAGGACAGACUCUCCAACGGCUUAAGAGAUUUGCUCGGCGCGGUGGUCCUGACUUGUCACAUAUUAGAGGAUUUGCGAGUUUAGCACUUCCCGUCACCGAUGCCAUGAGCGAACCUUCUGGCUUGCGAGGCCGGAAACGAUCCUCCAACUCGUCGAAGAGAAGCAAAUCGACUCGAACCACAAACACGACAACCAAGAGUAGGAAUUUUGAGCAAAAGAUGCUUGACAAUGGUAUAUACCCUCCUGAAUAUGAACACCCGGAUGGAAGAGAACCGGUUGAACCUGCAAAUUUGGAAGACAUUCAGCAUGAGCUCACUACUUAUCGAGCAUCCCUCUCUCCGUCGCGGUUCAUUGAUGACGAUUUCAAGGCAUUUAAAAGAGCAAAUGCACGGGCGUCCGGCGAAGCUACCGGCCUGUAUAGGGAGGUGAGCGAUGCUAAACCUGAUUUGUACUACGGCGCACAACCUUCUCGUAUUGACCAACGUGUACGAGCCGACCUUGAGAAGUACAUCAUUCCCUCCUCCACCACCAGCCGUCCUGCAGCCCCCAAUUUCUUUCUUGAGGGCAAGAGCAAGUCCGGAAACGCCUAUGAGGCCCGAAACCAAGCGAUGUAUGACGGGGCCGUUGGGGCUCGGGCCAUGCAUAAACUUCAGAACUUUGGUGAAGAUGAGUCAGUGUACGACAACAAGGCGCAGAGUUUUAGUAGUACAUAUCAUGCCGGAACCGGAACGCUCCAAUUGUACGCGACCCAUGUCAGCCGAGCUGCCGACCCAGGAGGGCAGUCCGAAUAUCAUAUGACGCAAAUAAAUUCAUAUGGAAUGACGGGAAACGUGAAGACUUUCCGGGAAGGUGCUGCUGCCUACCGAAACUGCCGAGAUCAGGCAAAGAGCUUCCUUACUGAUGCCAUCGAUCAAGCAAAUGAGACUGCUCGUCGGCCGCCGCCUAAAAAGUGCGCAACCGAGAUCUUGGACAGCAGUACAUCCUGGUCAACUAACCUAAUUGACGCCUCCGACACUUCUGAAGAUGAGUUGGCUCGUAAUGAGGUCAGAAGGAUCAAACGGUCGAGACCUGCUCCGGCACAACCCUUGGCCACCAGUUCACCUAAAGCCAGACGAUCCGGUCGCACUUCUGAAUCCUUGGACGUUUUGGACGCUUCCGAAUAG